GUACCACCAGUAAAAUAAUAUAACAACAAUUUUUAUACGGACAACAUAAUUGAUUUAGCCACAAUGGAGUAAAAUCCUUGAUAACAGAACACGAUGUUAUCUCAGUUUAUUUUUGGUUAGCGCGAUAAAUGCACGGAUUCGUCCCAAACAAUAUAUUAAUAUAUAAAUCUUUUGUCUAUUUUGUGUAUUUUAAAUAUUUAUUUCAAGUUUUUGUGUAUUUAAAAAGUGGAUCAUGGAAAAUAAAGGGCAGCUAUUUAAAUCAUGGAUUCGCAGUCACCAGCGGACGCCGUCAGGGUCUCGUGACUUCAAGGAGGCCACCAAACGUGAUGCCCUCGCUCGACUGGAGGUGGAGCUGGAGAAGCUCAUCUCCACGGCCCCGGAAACCAGGCGUCCGCAGCUCGAGAAAGAGUUCAAAGGCUUCAAGACGCUCUUCAGCAGAUUCUUGGCUGAACAGGGUCCGUCGGUAACAUGGGAGAAAAUCGAGAAGCUUCCAGAAGGAGCUGUAAUCGAUUAUAACAGUCUGUCCACGCCAACGACGGACAACGUGCACCAUAUGCUCGACAAGUUGGUGGUGGUGAAGCUUAACGGAGGCCUGGGUACAUCCAUGGGCUGUAAGGGCCCCAAAUCGGUGAUCCAAGUCCGGAAUGACCUGACCUUCCUUGAUCUUACCGUACAGCAAAUAGAGCACUUGAACAAGACGUAUAAAUGCAACGUCCCACUAGUCCUGAUGAACUCCUUCAACACGGAUGAAGACACCCAGAAGGUGAUCAGGAAGUAUAAGGGUCUGAAGCUGGACAUCCACACCUUCAAUCAGUCCUGCCACCCUCGUAUUAACAGGGAGUCACUAUUGCCCAUCGCUCAGAACGGUGAUGUUCAAGACGAUAUUGAAUCCUGGUAUCCACCGGGUCACGGAGACUUCUACGAGUCAUUCCACAAUUCCGGUCUCCUACAGAAGUUCAUCAACGAGGGUCGUACCUAUUGCUUCAUCAGCAACAUCGACAACUUAGGAGCCACCGUUGACCUCAACAUCUUAAGCCUGCUCCUCAACCCGGAUCCUCUGCGGCCGGUUCCGGAGUUCGUCAUGGAAGUGACCGACAAAACCCGUGCCGACGUCAAGGGAGGAACCCUCAUACAAUACGAAGACAAAUUGCGGCUUUUAGAAAUCGCCCAAGUGCCCAAAGAACGCGUUGACGAUUUUAAAUCUGUUAGCCAAUUCAAGUUUUUCAACACGAACAACCUUUGGGCCAAAUUGGACGCAGUUCAGCGGGUGGUCGACCAGGGGAGCCUCAACAUGGAAAUCAUUGUCAACAACAAGCAUCUAUCGGACGGUAUCAAUGUGAUUCAACUAGAGACGGCUGUGGGGGCCGCCAUGAAGUGCUUCGAGGGUGGGAUCGGCGUCAACGUGCCCCGCAGCAGGUUCUUGCCGGUCAAAAAGACCUCGGACUUGCUGUUGGUCAUGUCCAACCUGUACAGCUUGUCCCACGGGUCCUUAGUCAUGUCCUCUCAGAGGAUGUUUGCCUCGACCCCCCUCGUCAAACUAGGAGACAAUCAUUUCGCUAAAGUCAAAGAGUACCUGAACAGGUUCGCGACCAUACCGGAUCUGAUCGAACUGGACCAUUUGACCGUUUCUGGCGACGUGACCUUCGGAAGAGGAGUGUCUUUGAAGGGCACAGUGAUCAUAAUCGCGAAUCACGGCGACCGUAUCGACAUCCCAUCGGGUGCGAUUCUCGAAAACAAAAUCGUUUCUGGAAACUUAAGGAUUUUGGAUCACUGAUAUAUAUACAGAUUUAUAUAUACACUCAUCCAUACAAACAUAUACACUCAUCAUACAUAUACACACAUACCUAUAAAGAUACACAAACACGUACACACAUUAUUAUAAACAUUAAAUUAAACACAGUUUUGUUUAGUGUUUGUAAGAACACUCACUUUUCUGAAAAUUAAGAACUUCUUAGAAAAAAACGGAGCGAAAAUUCCAUUAAAACUAUCGCAUUUUUUAAGUACAAAAUUAAAUGAUCCAUUUUGAUUUGUAACUUUUUUUUUCAUACCUUAGCGUUUUACAUUGUAUUAAUUGUAAUAGUGUGUAAUAUGGUUAGGCUUUUUUGUACCUACAUGUAGUCUGUGAAUAGAAACAGCCAACAAUAUUAUUUGAAUCCUGAAUCACGUUGUCAAGGAAACAACAAAUGUUCAAUUUUUAGACAAUUUAAAUAAAAGAUAAUAUUUAAUCAUAUUUAAUAUAAUAUGAGAGGUAAUAUUAUAUAUUAGUAAGGCAUUAAAACGUAAAAUAUUUUAACUUUAUUCAGACAAAAAUGCAAUGAAUGCAAAAUAGUUUAAAAAUUAGACAUUUUCUUUCAUAAUCGGAUUUCUAGUCGUUGGUUAUGACGUCCCAAUCAUUUCGAUUAUAUGUCAAUAGAAUCAUUAAUUAAUUGUAAAACAUACAUACCAAAAAUAUUUUUAUAAAUUUAUUCUUAUUUUUAUGAGGUUUUGGCGCCUAAAACAUCUGGGCAUUAGCAAAGUAUUUGUUUUUUAAACAAAUAUAAAUAAGGCAAAGGUGUAAUAUAAACAAACAGCCACAGAAAAAGAGCAUUUGUGGUGCUAUUCGUGUUGUUUGUAUCAAUAGAGAAUCUUGUUUGAGUUGGCAAUAAAAUCAUUCUAUUUGCAGUGACCAUUUAUGAGACAGUCAGACAACAUAUGAGAGGAAAAACAUUAUUAUACCCGUUUUUUUAUAUAAUUUAUUUAUUAGAUUUUAUUUAAAUAUUUUUUUAUAAUUCUGCUACAUUUACAUACAUUACAUAAUAGUGAUGGAUUCCAUAGUUGUAGGUGAAAUUUUAAUUUAGUUAAAAUAUUUAAAAUAAAAUAUGUGCCAUUUUGGUUAUAA